AUGAAAUACGGCGAUUCCAUCUGCCAGAUAUCUGAUAUUGCCGAUUCCUCAUGUGCCGAAGAUUAUAUUAUAACUAAUGAAGAUUCUAGCAUGGGGCGACUCCAUGCACUUUUGAAUGGUCCUCGGUUAUAUCGAGUUUUUGGGCAGCCAGAGCGAACCACAAAUGUUGCAGAAUCAAUAGGAAAUAACUCCAUGUCUUUGGCUAGAGGGCUAUUGUAUUUUUCCACAUCGUUGGCUUUUUCACCCAUCAUUAUUAUUUUCCUUUACACUCGAGGGGCGUUAAAUAUUCACACUGGAAUGACAUUGUUAAAAUAUGCUACCUAUUUGGCUGUGCUCGCAUAUGGAGGAAGGCUAGUAGGACGAACAAUGGAUAAUGAAUAUCGACAUUUCCUUAACAUAUGGAUGAAAGCCCGAGGGUCCGGAAAAUCUGAAGACAACCAACUGCUUAAACGUUACGAUUUCGACCUCGAAGGAGUGCAUGCAGACUUUCAUGCGGUUCGAAACGAAAAAUUAUGGUAUCAUCGCGGAGUUUCAGUGCAAGGUAGUCCAGUACUUGUGGGUGCUGCUUAUUAUGCAGUCCAUGCUUUCGGGCGUCAUAUGCUUUAUCCAGGAUCAGUAUCCUUGUUCAAUUGGUUGUUGAGUGGAAGUUUGAUAACUGCAAGGAAUCUUAUGGUAUCCGCGAAGAAUGGUCGAAGAGCUUGGUUGAGAACUACUGAAGGAGAUCUCAUUGAUACGAUGUUUAUUCGUGGAGAAGAUGGAACUCCUGAGCAUAGGCACCGUACACUUGUAAUUUCCUGCGAAGGAAAUGCCGGAUUUUAUGAGAUAGGUAUCGCUAAUACACCAGCACAGUUGGGCUACUCGGUUCUCGGUUGGAAUCAGCCAGGCUUUGGUCAAAGUUCAGGGCUUCCCUUUCCGAACAAUACGCUGGCUGCAGCUGAUGCUGUUAUGCAGUAUGCGCAAAGUGUUCUCGGUUUCCGAGAAGAAGACAUUGUACUGUUUGGGUGGUCAAUUGGUGGAUAUCCUGCAAGUUGGUUGGCAGCAAAUUAUCCAAGAGUAAAAGGUGUGGUAUUGGACGCUACUUUCGAUGACGUUCUUCCGUUAGCGCAGGCUAGAAUGCCCAAGGUUUUGUCUGAUGUUGUGGAAUAUGCUAUAAGGGCUCACUUUGAUCUUGAUAUUCAAGCCAUCAUCGCCCAAUACAAAGGACCGCUCAAGCUGAUCCGUCGCCUACAAGAAGAAAUCCUGACGACUGACGAAAGUGGCUCAGAGGUGCAGCGUCGAGCUAGCAAUCGAGCUAAUUUCCUGCUUAAAAGGAUACUUCAACAGCGGCAUCCGCACUUGGUUGUUGAUCUCGAAUCACAGGUCGAUCGCUGGCUAGCGAUGCCCCCACAACAACGAGCGAUGGCAGGACACAGCGGAAACGAUUCGGAAAUAGCGAUUCGAAGAUCACGUCUGUACGCAGCGUGUGAUCAUUACCUCACCGAUUUUGACGCAACUCAUGUGCAACCAUUGGAUCCGGGGUAUUUCAACAUUCCCCUACCAUUCCAUGAUCUCAAGUAA